AAGAACCCAACUAUUCCAAGUUAAUAUCACUAUUUAAUGGAAUAAUUGACCCCAAUCCAGCAUUGCGGCCGCUUAAUACUGACGGGGCGCUCAGAAGGUUGGACAAAAGCGGGGUAGACUGAAUAUGGAGGAAGAGGAUGAUUCACAGCCAAAGCAGAAGGUUCGAUUAGGGGUUCCUGCUACACAAUGGAUUUCGGUUUACAAGGCAAGACUGCCCAUGAAACAAAGGUAUCAUUACAAUGUGACUGCUGCAAGACUAGCAAAGCAUGUUGAGAGAGGAAUUGCGGAUGGCCUUCUUAUUAGUUGUGUAUCAUCGUGUUCCAAUCUCUGGGCACUUAUUAUGGAUGCUGGAACUGGAUUUACGAAUCAAGUCUAUAAGUUGUCACCUUUUUUCUUGCACAAGGAAUGGAUCAUGGAGCAGUGGGAUAAGAAUUAUUACAUCACUUCUAUUGCAGGGGGAAAUAAUGGAACCUCUCUUGUGGUGAUGUCAAAAGGUACACAGUAUACUCAACAAUCAUACAAAGUAAGUGAUUCUUUCCCCUUCAAAUGGAUAAACAAGAAGUGGAAAGAAGGUUUUCAUGUUACAUCAAUGGCUACUGCUGGAAGUCGCUGGGGUGUUGUUAUGUCUCGCAAUGCUGGAUUCAGUGAUCAGGUGGUUGAACUUGAUUUUCUCUAUCCAAGUGAGGGUAUCCAUCGACGUUGGGACGGUGGUUAUAGAAUUACCGCAACUGCUGCUACAUUGGACCAAUCUGCUCUAAUAUUAAGUAUUCCGAGGCGCAAGCCAGGAGAUGAAACUCAGGAAAUUCUACGGACAUCUCAAUUUCCCAGCACACAUGUUAAGGAGAAAUGGUCAAAGAAUCUUUAUCUUGCUUGUUUGUGCUAUGGGCGUACUCUAUGCUGAUUUGAGUUAAAAAUCAAAGCAUUUUAAUGACAAUGGAAUUUGUGAAUUUACUUCUGCCCGAUCGUAUAUGAUCGUUUUGUAGAAUCUUGUGGUUGCAGAAGACCAUAUUGUUAUGAGUUAUACAGAUUCUUGUUUCGUUUCUUCCCUUCUAUUCUAAAGCUCGACUUUGGUGGAGGGUAUGUUGCUGAGCAAUUUAAUAUGCAGUUUAGUUUCAUGUGUUUCUACAUUCUGUAACUAUGUAUAUGCUAUGCUGCUGGUUUUGUGAUCAAUAGGGUAUGUCCAUUAAAAUUUAGCAUUAUCCACAUGGCAAUGGCAUACAUACAUACAUCUCAUAUCCAAUAAGGAAGAAUAUGCUUUCUACGUAUA